CGAAAGGAAAGCCAAAUACUGAGGACACUCACUUAUGUCUUCAAGAUUCAUUCUCAAACCUCGUGAGCUUGAAUCAAGGCAACGAAGGUCUUGCGUGUAUGAUGUUACAUAAAUACCGUGCAAGAGUGUGAAGAGCCCUCGUCUGCACUGUAAUUUUCGGAUGGCCCUGACCACCCCGAGGACAUACAGUGUGUGAAAUACAAUAUCAUGGUUUGAUAUCAAUUGCUGUCGUUAUCAUCGACCCCUCGGCCUUGGGGCAGGAAUUCAAGCGGGUGAUGCUCAACUCCGCCACUUUGAUUCCAAACCUCAACCCACCCCGCCUUACUAGCCGCAAUAACCAUGAUUUGUCACUUCCAGUUCCGCUGUAUUCGAUGCAUUGCCUCAACUUCCUUCCCAUCUUAACGAGAACAUAUAAACCCCAACUUCUCCGCACCGUCUCACUCACAGCUCACCCUCCAUGCGCUCGCGAUUCUUCCGGUUCUUACUUACCCUCUCUAAUCUCACCCGGCCUACUCCCUUCCAAGCUGCUCCUCGACUCAGAAACACGGCUCCUCCUCUCAAAUCAAUGAACAUCCCUUUUCUCAGCGCUCUCUUUGGAACAUCGGCCCCAUCCUCCAAGAACGCCAUGACAUCAUACCCAGACCAGCGCACCCCUGACGAGUGGCGCGCCGUCUUGAGCCCGGAACAAUUCCGCAUCCUCCGCGAAAAAGGCACCGAACGGCCCUCCUCGGGCGCCUACGACAAGCACCACCCCUCCGCGGGCACGUACGCGUGCGCGGGGUGCGGGGCGGCGCUGUACGAGGCGCGGCACAAGUUCGCGUCCGGGUGCGGGUGGCCGGCCUACUUCGACAGCCUUCCGGGGGCCGUGGUCCGGCACGAGGACCGCUCGCUGGGCAUGGCGCGCACCGAGAUCGUGUGCGCCAACUGCGGGGGCCAUCUUGGGCAUGUUUUUAAGGGCGAGGGCUAUGACACGCCGACGGAUGAGCGGCAUUGUGUGAAUAGUGUUUCGUUGACGUUUAAGGAGGAGGGGGCGGAGGGGGGUGGUGAGGCGGGGGCGGAGGGGAAAGCAGGGGAGAGUAAGGUGUAG